GGAAAUAAACCAAUCACAACAUGUUUUUCGUCACGUAACCCCACUUAACCUCACAUUCUUGAUAUGACAUAGGAGAUUGAACCGUUCGCCACGCUAUCGGAAAAGCUCCGUCCACCACCACAUUUCUCUCUCUCUCUGCUCAACCGAUCGACCACACCACCUUUCUCUCUCUCUCUCUCUCUCUCUCUCUCUCUCUCUCUUCUCUGCUCUGCUCGACCAGUCCACCACCACCUUAGGUUUUUGAAAAAUUUUGAUUUGGGAAAUCUAUAACAGGGCUAGACGAGGAGGUUUUUGGUUGAUAGAGCAAGUAUUGAGAAUGUGAGGCCCUCUAAUAUUCCUGGCUCCGUCACUGCUCGCAUGUUUGGUGUAUUUGAUUUGCAUUCAAAGGAAUUCACUUGGCUUAUUCUCUUCUUCUGAGUUCUGAAUCAGAUAUAAAUGGCUUCCAUUGAUGUUAUCAAAUCUUGCAUCGAUUCCAUUAGACAGAUAUCAGAGCAUAUUGAAGGUGGUAUUGUUUAUUUAGAUGCUGGAGUUACAGAGAGUUUCCAAUUUAUUGGGGCAUAUCCUGUACUUCUUGAAAUUGGAGCACGAGCUGUCUGCAGUUUGGAAAACAUGAGUGUACUCGAUGCGGUGGGUGAUUGGAACUCAAAUUCUGAUCCUGCAAGAAAAUUUGUGGUUAUCACAUCACGUCUACUAAGUGAUGCACAUCGAUAUAUUUUGCGUUGCCUGACGUCACAUCAAGUUGUUCGUCAUUGCAUUAUAUUCACAUCUAUCUCUGAGAUGUCUCAUUCAGUGUUUCCUGAUUCACCUCUGGGACCAGACGCAUAUCAUGAAUAUGAAUCUUUACUGGUUCAAGAUUAUGAAGAGCUAAGUAAGAAAUCUGGGAAAAAACCUGGGCAGAUUGGUAGCCUUUUACACGAAAAACUUAACUUUGAAGAUGGAGGCCGCUUGCAGUUUCCUUCCAGUGGAGAGGAUGUUCCUCAUCUUGUAGCCAGUUCAAGUGGAAGAAAUUUUUUUGAACACAAUCCAUUAGACAAUAUUGCAGAUACAGUGCAGAAAUUGGCCAUUUCUGUUCACCAUUUUCCCAUGAUUUUAUGUCCCAUUUCACCAAGAGCAUUUGUUCUUCCUUCAGAAGGAUUGGUUGCUGAAUCAUACUUAUCAGCUGAACAUGAAGAUUCCAUUAGUCCUGGUUUGCCUCCCUUGAGUACUGGCUUGCUCUCUGAUACUGAUGAUGUGCCUCCUGGGGCAACUCUUACAGCACACUUUCUCUACCAUUUGGCAGCCAAGAUGGACUUGAAAAUGGAAAUAUUCUCCCUCGGUGAUAUGUCAAAAACUGUUGGCAAAAUUUUGAUAGACAUGUCAAGUCUUUAUGACAUAGGCCGCCGUAAACGGUCUGCAGGGCUUUUACUCAUUGAUCGCACACUUGAUCUUCUCACUCCUUGUUGUCACGGGGACUCACUUAUUGACCGUAUAUUUUCUGCUUUGCCCCGUAGAGAAAGAACAACCUCCCAAGUUGGUUCAGGAAGCCAGCUCAAACUUGGUACUUCUUACCUUCAACGUGCUCCUUUAGAUGUUCAGAUACCACUUGAAAAGAUCCUUAAUGAAGAAGAUUCAAAAAUAGACAAUUUUCGGCUUUUAGAAAGUGUUGAAGCUUUUUUAUGCGGGUGGAACUCUGGUGAGUCUGAUUCUCAGGUUGCAGACUUGAUUAAUCUUAGUCAGAAAAUUCAUGACAAGCCUAGUCACUCUGGAGUAGAUAUACUCACCGGGUCUUUUGUCUCCUCUGAUAAUUUUCGUGGCAUGCCAUUCUUGGAAGCUAUACUAGAUAGAAGAACAAAAGAAGGGGCCUUACUAGUAAAGAAAUGGCUACAAGAAACUUUGCGCAGGGAAAAUGUUACUGUGAAUGUGAAAUCUCGUCCUUCUGUUGUUACAACACCUGAGUUGCAAGCCAUGAUCAAAGCAUUGUCCAGGAGCCAAUCAUCUUUGCUAAGGAACAAAGGAAUUAUCCAAUUAGCAUCAGCCACAUUAUCAGCUCUUGAGGAAUCAAAUUGCACCAAAUGGGAUGCAUUUAGCAGUGCAGUGAAAAUUCUAAGUGUAAGCUCUGGAGAAACCAGUCAAAGUCUUGCCGCUCAAAUUGGUGAUCUCAUAAAUAAGAGUGCUCUGUUUGGAUCACACAUAAAUAAAGGGAAAAGGGAUGUCUUAAAGGGGUUGAUUUCUUUGCAAGAUGCUUUACUGUUGAUGAUCAUCGGAUAUAUUUUGGCAGGUGAGAACUUUCCAACAUCUGGUUCUGAUGGGCCAUUUUCUUGGCAAGAGGAACGUCUGUUAAAAGAAGCCGUUGUAGAUGCUCUUCUAGAAAACUCAUCUGCAGUAAAUCUGAAGUUUCUAGAUGGACUAAAGAAAGAGCUUGAAGCUAAUGUAAGCAAGUUAAAAUCAGAGGAAGCUACUGAAGAGCUAGAUAUUGAUGAUUUUGACGAUGAUCAGUGGGGCAAAUGGGGUGAUGAAGAUGGUGAGGAUGAUAAUAAAAAUGAACAAGUAUAUGAUGACAUGCAACUAAAGCUGGAGUUGCGUGAUAGGGUGGAUAACUUCUUCAAAUUUCUUCAUAAGUUAUCUAAUCUGAAAAGAAAGAAUCUACCAUUGAGGGAUGGUUCAUUGACUGUGGAAGGCAAUUUUGAUGAGGAUACCUAUGUAGGAAAAGGGUUGAUUUAUAAGCUACUAACAAGGGUGCUGGGCAAGUACGAUGUGCAUGGGUUAGAAUAUCAUUCUUCCACUGUGGGGCGCCUGUUUAAGAGUGGGUUCGGAAGAUUUGGCCUUGGUCAGGCUAAACCAAGUCUUGCUGAUCAAAAUGUCAUUUUGGUGUUUGUCAUUGGGGGCAUUAAUGGACUCGAGGUGCGUGAAGCUCUUGAGGCAUUGGCUGAAAGCGGAAGACCUGAUAUAGAGUUGCUUGUUGGUGGAACCACUCUUCUUACUCCUGAUGACAUGCUCGAUUUACUGCUUGGGGACUCAAGUUAUUUUUAGUACGGGAACUUAUGUUAACUGAGAUCAUUACAAAGAAUGGUACUUACGAUGCAAUGAACAUGGAAGUAAUAACCAAGCAACUUGAGCCUGUGUUUCUGAAUCAAUCUUGUUGCGAGAAACCGAUCAAUGAGGUUUACAGUAAAGGUCAAGAGUGUCUCGAUCAAUGUUGAAAUUGUCAUUACAAAAAUUAUUUAUUUCAAAUGCGAUUAUAGCAGGAUCAUGAUAAGGAGUUCUAGAUAUCCAUCACAUUGUAUGUAUCCUAUCAUUCAACAAUGUUUUGAUUGAAAGGACUGAGAUGAGAAUGUCCUCAAAUAUAGAAAUGUGCAAGAUGCCGAUGCCAUGAGACUAACCUCCACAAGCCAAUCAAUCAGAAUUCCGCGCAUCCUUGGAGAAAUAUCUUGCUUCAACUUCUCCAUGUAAUUGGUUGAUAGUCUCUUUUCAAGCUGUAGAGAGUUCAACAAUCUUUUUGUAGUGAACCUAAUUAUUCUGCUAUAUUCUUAACACAAAAAUAUUAUUA